AUGGUGGGAUCCUGGAGUGGGAAGCAGAUGGCAACGUACCUGUCCAAGACCAUGGCCACCCUUAUGGUGGACUCAGCUAUGCAGAAGGCAUGGAUGAAGCAGGCAGGAGCUGAUGUCUCAGGACUCCAGACAGAAAACGCUGAGCUCUCUAGGAGUGCUGGGGUCAUCUGCAGCCAGCAUGGGGAGGGAGCGGUACAGAGGCUUCUGGAAGAUGACCUAUGUCUGAGUGACGUACUGUUUCUGAAUAUCUUUAAGAGCACCGUGUCACCUGUAGACCGUACGGACCCCCGUGAAGUGCUACCUGGGUCCUACCUGCACAGCGAAAAACAGCUUCUGACUCCUGAACUCUGCUUCCUAACCCAUCAGCAAGAACGGCUGGCGAAUGGGAUGCUGCAGGUGCCAGCCAUCCAUGAGGCACAAGGAGAAACAGUUCAUGAGGGGGAUCCUUGCGGCAGGGAAGGGGCUGCUGGUGCCAGCACUGACGGCCAGGCCUGUUUCACCAGCCUCCAUGCCCCUGAGCUGUCACGGGAGCUGAGAGCGACUCUGCUCAAGACAGAGGUCCUGCUCGAGGGUGACCCGAGUCUCUCUCCCAGGCCACCAGCUACACUGGCAGAUCUCCAGGGAGCAGUAGUUGUUCACACCCAGCCGCACUUGCACAAGCUCCCAAGUGCAACUGCCAAGGUCAGCUGUGCCCAACACCGGGAGAAGUGCGAGCACACGCAGCUCGUCCCAGCUCUUGACUUCCUUCUGAUCGGCAUCAAUGAACUGAUUUCUGGGUAUACCUUUUAUAACCUAUCAGGAUCUUUCAUAUCAGUGCCACGAGGUUGUUCCUGCGUGGUGCUGGUUGCCGUGCUGGACUCCAAUCUAACCACCGUGCAUCUCAGCCCCCCCUUCCUCACGCUGACGGGGAUCCCCGGCCUCGAAGCCGUGCAGCACUGGAUCGGCAUCCCCUUCUCGCUCAUGUAUGCCGCCGCGCUCCUGGGAAACAGCGUUCUCCUCGCGACCAUCCGGACUGAGCGCAGCCUCCAUGAGCCCAUGUACAUCCUCCUGGCCAUGCUGGCGGCCACCGACCUGGGCCUCUGCACCACCAUUACGCCGAAAAUGUUGGGCGUCUUCUGGUUUGCCCUUCGAGACAUCCCCUUCAACGCCUGCCUCACCCAGAUGUUUUUCGUGCACACUUUCCAGGCCACCGAGUCAGGCGUGCUUUUAGCAAUGGCCUUUGACCGCUUUGUGGCAAUCUGCAAGCCCCUGAGACACUCUGCCAUCCUCAGCAACCGGAUGCUCGGCACAAUCGGGAUCUUCUUGAUCCUCAGGCCAACGGUCCUCAUUGCACCAUCUGUUUUUCUGAUUAAGCGGCUGCAGACGUACAGGAGCACCGUCAUUUCCCACUCCUACUGCGAGCACAUGGCCAUCGUGAAGCUGGCAGCUGGCGACGUCUGGGUCAACAAGGCUUACGGCCUCUUCGUGGCAUUCACGAUCCUGGGCCUUGACCUGGUGCUGAUCGCUGUCUCCUACCUCCUCAUCUUCAGAGCCGUGUUCCAGCUGCCGCGGGCGGCACAGCUGAAGGCAGUGCACACCUGCACAGCCCACCUCUGCGUCUUCCUGGAGUUCUACGUCCUGGGCUUCUUCUCCUUCCUCGCCCACCGCUUCAGGCAUGGCGUGUCCCCCUACGUCCACAUCCUCCUCUCCAGCUUCUACCUCCUGGUGCCCCCCACGCUCAACCCCAUCGUCUACGGCAUCAGCAACGCGGCCCUCCGCCGACAGGUGCGGAAGAUGGUGGGUCUCAAGACAUCGUGUCCUUGA